CAACUCACCUUUUCCUUUGGUGAGUAAGGUGUGUUCACGCGAGGUUGUGUGUUCCAUCGGGAAUAGGUCACACAAACCUCAGAAUUUCGUGAAAUAUUCUUGUAAAAUAAAAAAAAAAACAUAAAAAAUCACAAAAAUCCAAAAAAAUAGUAAAAUAACAAAAUUUUAAACGAGAAUCAUUCGAUUUUAGUUAGGAGUACGUAAGCGUGCAACGUGGUCUAAGGAAUGCGAUAGUCGACGUAAAGAGAAAGUGAAGUUGCUCUUGAUUACGGUUAAUGUUCGACAUAAUACCGUCACAGUAAGAUUUUCAAAAUGAAUCCUGGUCCGCCAAAUUAUCCCAUGGCGUCAUUGUACGUCGGGGAUUUACACUCUGAUAUUACCGAAGCCAUGUUGUUUGAAAAAUUUUCAACUGCUGGUCCGGUUCUCUCUAUACGCGUUUGCCGUGAUAUGAUUACUCGUAGAUCCCUGGGCUACGCUUACGUAAAUUUUCAGCAACCUGCCGAUGCUGAAAGAGCCUUGGAUUCCAUGAAUUUUGACAUGAUUAAAGGGAGGCCUAUCAGGAUUAUGUGGUCCCAGCGUGACCCUUCCCUUCGCAAGUCUGGAGUCGGCAAUGUGUUUAUUAAAAACCUUGAUAAAACCAUUGACAACAAGGCCAUGUAUGACACUUUCUCUGCUUUCGGCAACAUUUUGAGUUGCAAGGUGGCCCAAGAUGAAACUGGUGCUUCCAAAGGCUACGGCUUUGUUCAUUUUGAAACUGAAGAGGCUGCCAACAAGUCCAUUGAAAAAGUAAAUGGUAUGUUACUCAAUGGAAAGAAGGUUUACGUCGGCCGAUUCAUUCCUCGUAAGGAACGCGAAAAGGAACUCGGAGAGAAGGCUAAACUGUUCACAAAUGUAUAUGUGAAAAACUUUGGAGAAGAUUUUGCUGAUGAACUUCUCAAAGACAUGUUUGAGAAGUAUGGCCGCAUUACUAGCCACAAAGUAAUGUAUAAAGAUGAUGGAAGUUCCCGUGGUUUUGGAUUUGUUGCUUUCGAAGAUCCUGAUGCUGCUGAGAGGGCUUGCAUGGAGCUCAAUGGUAAAGAACUGGUUGAAGGCAAGCCCUUGUAUGUUGGACGUGCCCAAAAGAAAGCAGAGCGUCAAAAAGAACUGAAACGCAAAUUUGAACAACUAAAAUCUGAAAGAUUGACUCGCUACCAAGGUGUAAACCUCUAUGUUAAGAAUUUGGAUGACACUAUUGAUGAUGAACGCCUACGUAAAGAGUUUGCUCCAUUUGGCACCAUCACCUCUGCUAAGGUAAUGUUGGAAGAUGGCCGCAGCAAAGGCUUUGGGUUUGUAUGUUUCUCAUCUCCAGAAGAAGCUACCAAGGCUGUCACUGAAAUGAAUGGCCGCAUUGUUGGAACUAAGCCAUUGUAUGUGGCUUUAGCCCAACGUAAGGAAGACCGUAAGGCUCAUCUGACGUCUCAGUACAUGCAGCGUAUGGCUAGUAUGCGCAUGCAGCAGAUGGGCCAGAUAUUCCAACCAGGUGGUGCUGGAGGAUACUUUGUCCCUACUAUUCCACCGGCUCAGCGUUUCUAUGGCCCAGCCCAGAUGACACAGAUAAGGCCUUCUCCUCGUUGGACUGCCCAGCCGCCUGUUAGACCGGGCACACAGUCUGCUGCUUCUGGCUAUCCAAAUAUGCAGGCGCCAUUCCGUCCAGCACCAAGAGGCCCAACUCAAGCAGCAAUGCGCACAUCUCUUGGAGCAAGGCCAAUCACAGGCCAGCAAGGUGUCCCUGCCACUGCUUCUAUUAGAGCACCACUUGUCACCCAGAGCGGACGUCCUGCAGGAUACAAGUACACUGCGAACAUGCGCAACCCUCCAGCACCACAACCAGCUGUACACAUCCAGGGACAGGAACCUUUGACAGCCUCUAUGUUAGCCGCUGCACCACUACAGGAACAAAAGCAAAUGCUGGGUGAACGUCUCUUCCCAUUGAUUCAAAGAAUGCACCCUGAUUUGGCUGGAAAGAUUACUGGAAUGCUUUUGGAGAUUGACAAUUCUGAGCUUCUUCACAUGCUGGAACAUGGAGAAUCUCUCAAAGCUAAAGUGGAUGAGGCUGUUGCUGUGUUGCAGGCUCACCAGGCUAAGCAGCAAGCCACCAAGAAGGAGUAAUACCAUUUACAUAUUGCUAAAGUAAAUACAAAGUGACCAGCUUUUAAUAGUAUAUUAAACAACUACAUAGUUCUGUUUAAAGCUUGAAUAUUGAACUCAACUAUUAUUAGACAUGUCCCGCUCAUAUAAAAAAAAAUAUAUAAAAUAAAAAUUGUAAAAAUAAAAAAGUGGAUUGCACCAUUCCAAAAUAUUAAGACUAUUGGGAGUGCAGUUCCGCAAACAAAAACAACGCAACUACCUACCAAUGUUUCUAUAUUUGAAAGUUAUACCACUGGGCUCUUUGACUAUGUAUUUACAUUGACUAAGAAGUUUGCUUUUAGUUUUUUGUCAUUGGAAAUAACAACUUUUCUUUUUUAUGUAUCUCAGUUGGCUUUUGUUCUUGCAUUAUCUUUCUUUCUUUAAUCGGUUGUACAUUGGAUUUACCUCGGAUUGUAAACUUGGUCCCCAAUGUCACUGAUUGAAUAUUCCUUUGUAAUUUGUUACAUUAUAUUCUGUGGAAUAUUCAUAAUAAAAA